CCGAAUCUGGUCAAGUCUAGGCUGAAUGAGAGCUGCAUUCUUUAAUUGUUUCAACAAAUGCCCUCUCUCGUAAGGCGAAAUACGGAUAUCUCGGGAUGUGCCAACAGUCUCCUGCAUAGAGCUGAAAGACAACCGCAAAAGUACAUAACGGGCACUAGAAACUCCAUCAAACAAGCAAUGGCUUGGCACCCUUUGUACCGUAACUUUGUUUUAGCAAGCAACUGUCAUGAAAACAUACGGUCUUUUUCUUGUCGGCUUGGCUGCUCUAGCCACCGCUGAUGUCAAACUCACAAGCUCAGGCUGUGCCGACGCAUCAGGCUUCGAAAAGUGCCAGGCCUCAGUCAACAAGAAGACGAGCAGCUGCAUCGCUCAAGCUCGCCACGAUAACAGCCAGCUAGAACUCCUCGCAUGCGGCUGCCAGGACUACGUCGACAACUUCAACUGCUACGCGGCUUCUUGCUGGAAUAGGGUCUGGGAAUGCGAGUAUCAGGAGUACAUGGUUUCGUACUUCAUGAACUGCGCUACUGCCAAGCAACCAGUUCCCUACUUCCCCGCUCCCAAGAAUGCGCCAGGCGCUUGCUCUUGUAACGUCGGACAAGUCUAUCUCAACAUACAAGAUGCCAUUCAACAGACGGCGACGUGUUCGAACAAUGCUGAUUCAGGCGAUGCGGGAAGCAAUCUACAGCAAAUAGAGGGCUGCAACUGCUGUGAGAUUAGUGGAGCUCUGUCAAGUAUUGUAGAGAUAUGCCCCAAGACCGACCCCAACCUCAUCGGUCUGAAACAAAUAUCUAGCCUCGAGUCAGAGCUAAACGUCGAUUACAAAUCCUGCGGGUCAUACAUGGAGACGUACGAUUGUUCGUCCAAGCUUUCGUACUCUUUGGAAGGCGUCAGCACAUAUUACAAGCCUGAUGAUCCCCUCAAGACCGGUACCGCCACCUUGAGCAACAACCCAGGCUCCGUCACGGCACCAGCGAGCGGAAAGGUCUUCUCGUAUACCAACGGAGGCGAUGGAACUGUCUAUACUAUUACCGCUGCUGGUGUCGGCAAGGACAGUUCUGAUAGCAAGGGGAGCUCCGAUAGCAAUAGUGGUUCAGGUUCAAGUGACGAUUCGUCGGGCUCCACUGGCACCGCGACUGGGGACAGUAGUAAGGCUACUGAGAGCUCCAAGAAGAACGGGGCAGAUAGGUUGGCGACUGGAAGUGCCUUGAUAAUCGGAGUGACACUGGUGAUGACUCUUGCGUCGAUUUACUAGCUUUGUAGCUGAUGGGAAAGACUCAUCACUUUAGCAGGCAACUGGCAUGAUAGCGAUGACUACAUCGAUGAUGAAUGGCUGGUGAGAAAGAGUAAUCGUAGAUAGACUUAAGCCAUUGAUCAUCUAGAAUUAACAGUAGAAUAAAU